CUAAGAAACCUCACCGUCUCUUCUUCACGUAUACACUCAUUCUUAGAGGUAAAAUUCUAGUCGGAACGAUGAGCGAACCGAACGUGUUGACAGCGACGGCUACGCAACUCAGUCAUCUCCUACAGUCGGGCCAAACGACUAGUGUUUAUAUUGUCAAAGCAUGUCUCGCGCAGAUAGAGAAACAUAACAGGGCUGGACUGAAGCUGCAUGCAUUGAUAUCUGUGAAUGCCGAUAAUGCUCUCGCCCAGGCAGCCGAUCGCGACCGUGAAAGGUCCCAGGGCAAGAUACGCAGUCCGCUUCACGGUGUCCCAAUUAUCUUGAAAGACGCUAUCAUCACGUCCAAAUGCCUUGAAUUGCCGACCUCAGCCGGGGCUUACGUUUUCAAAGAUACCUACGGACGACAGAAUGCAGCGGUGGUGGAUCUCCUGCUGGGCAAGGGCCUGAUCGUCAUCGGCAAGGCGAGCAUGACUGAAUUUUGUGGACUCAAGGCUACAUGCAUGACGGCUGGCUGGUCGGCCGUGAAUGGGCUCACUCAAUCUGCCUAUAUAGCAGGCGGAAUUCGCCCUGAUGACCUGUUCGUCGGUCGCUCUGGGCCAGGUGGUUCCUCCUCGGGGUCUGCGGUUGGUGUAUCUGCGGGCUUCGCGCCGUUAUCUCUGGGUACGGAGACCUCAGGGUCAGUCUGUAUGCCUGCCAACCGAGCGGGCCUGUACUCCAUCACUGCUAGUCGGGGAACACUUCCGUUGGAUGGUAUAUUCAAUUUAAGCAGGCAUUUCGACAAGUUGGGCGCAAUGGCCAAGGCACCAGAGGACUUGGCUUUGCUGAUGGAAUUGCUGAAUGGCACCCGCCAGGAGCCUUCACGGUGGAGCGAUAUCUCAGUGGGAUUCGUUGAUCCCCUCAUCUGGGACGCUUUUGACUUCCAGAAAGAACAAGAUCAAGAUGUGGAAAGACAGAUUCUCGAUGAGUACGAAUGGGCAAAAACGCAGAUCACUCAACGGGGUGGUCGAGUCGUGAAUCCAGUUGAAUUGCCGACCAUGGAAAAUCUUCGCUUCGAAGGCAAAAGCGUGAAUUACAUGGUGGCUUACCAUGAAUUCCCCAAACUGUUUCAACGCUUCUGCGCUCUUCUGGACAAUCCCAAAGUCACGUCGGUCUCAGAGCUCAUUGAUUACAAUCAACAACACGCCUCUUCUGCCCUGCCCGAACCACAUACAGAUCAAACCGAUCUUAUCGCGACACUCAACUCUUCCUUGGAUGACGAAACUGCAGCCACAGCCACGGCUCUCGCGCAACGGUUAGCUGGUCUUGACGGUAUCGAUGCAGCCCUACAGGCUAAUAGAAUUGACUUGAUCAUUAGUCCCGGGGACUGCGCAAUUUGCGCGGUCGCAGCUCUGGCUGGAUACCCUACUGCCAUGGUGCCUCUUGGCCGCUUGGGAGGUCCAGGUGGAAUGGGACAGCCUCAGGGUUUGAUGUUGAUUAGUGGGAAUGGUGGUGAGGCGAAACUGCUCCAGUUCAUGCAUCUGUGGAAAGAGGUUAUCGGUGGUUGGAAGAUCCCUCCUUUGCUGACUUGACCGUCAUACUGUCCUGGCAUUAAUGCUCUCUGCCAAACUCUUCCAGUCUACAACUAGUUGGUCUAUCGGGAUGAUUACCUCGGUAGUUUGGAAAUUUAAGAUUUGCUUAUUCCCCC